UUUGAAUAGAUCAUCAUGAGUUUAGCUGGUAAAGUUGUUAUUGUAACCGGAGCAAGCUCCGGCAUCGGUGCCGCCACAGCCGAAGCCUUUGCCAAGCAGGGUUCCAAAGUGGUGCUCACAAGGCGAAAUGAAGCAAAUUUAAAAGCUACUGAGACUGCCUGUAAAGCAGCCAACAGCAAAGUGGAACUAUUACUCAUCGUCGCCGAUGUAACGACAGACGCUGAGAAGAUUAUCAAAGCAACAAUUGACAAGUUCGGACAAUUGGAUGUGUUAGUGAAUAAUGCCGGUGUGGGUGAAUCGGGUUUAAUUCUAGAUAUUGACGUUGAUCAAUUUGAUAGAGUUUUAAAUACAAAUUUGCGUUCGGUCUUUCUGCUGACUAAAUACGACGCACCGCAUCUCGUGAAAACCCAAGGUAAUAUCGUGAAUGUCUCUAGUGUGGCCGGUUUGCGUUCGUACGCUGGUUUUUCGGUCUAUUGCACCUCCAAAGCGGCACUAGAUCAAUUCACCAGAUGUAUCGCCUUGGAUUUGGCACCGAAAAAUGUACGUGUGAAUGAAGUAAAUCCCGGUGUGAUAGUGACAGAAUUCCAUAGACGUCUUGGCUUGUCGGAAGAGGAAGAAGCUAAAUUUUUGGAGCAUUCAAAAUCUACACACGCGUUGGGUCGCGCCGGCGAACCUAAUGAAGUGGCCGACGCUAUUAUUUUCCUUGCUAGUGACAGUUCGAGCUUUAUAACGGGCGCAACUCUGCCGAUCGAUGGUGGCAGAAAUAUCAUGUGUCCUCGUUAAUAUUUCUUAGAAUAGAUAGAUACAUAAAAAUAAAGAAUUUGCUCUAAAAUAA